AUGGUGCUUGGCGUCUGUCUUUUCCACGUUCAAUCGCAAGAUAACACAACUGUUGCAAGAAAUACGACACUGGGAAGAAACACCACGAAAAUUGUGAUGGUGCGUCCACUGCACAAGAAGGAGGAUGAAAAGAAGGAUAUGAUGCACAUCGUCAUACAUAAAAUACUCCCGGGGGAUCCGUACUACAAAGUAUUCGAUGGAGACCAAGCCACAGCACGACGCUAGACCAACAUGAUCUGGCAACGUCUCCUGGAUCGUUACAAUACCAUGCUGAUAUAACUUAAGUAAUGUUUAUUGAAUGGUCGUUUACUAAGUGAUUAUAAUAAAGCUAGAGCUGAAGAUCGAA